AGAACCCAUUGUGGCCCUCGAGUCAAAAAGUUUGCCCACCCCUGCACUGGGUCCUCCAUCCUAAAGGUUUUAAGAUUUUAGAGGAGGUCCCAGAGGAAGAUCUUAAUAGAAUAUUCGGCAGUUUUCUAGGCGUGUCCUUUGGGGUUGUGGUCUCCACGGAUUGGCCAGCACCAGGGCAGGGGGUCAUUAUUCAAUGCAGCUGAUCCUGAGGUCGGCCAUGGGGUUCCUGGUCUGGUUUUGUUGCUUUUUUGGACCCAUAGCUGAAACACAACUGAGGUGUAAAUGUUAUCUCUAGGGAGAAAAGGUCAAGAGGUUGAAACCACCUGACCAUGGAUACACUAGGGGACGAGAGGCCACGCUGGUGGCGAGGUCACACCCUACAGUUCUCCGCUGCUGGGCACCUGUAGCUUUCUGCCCUGGUGACCUUCUGUACCUGGCCCAUCACCCUGGCUCUGCUCAUGUCUGUCUGUCACAGUUCUGUGGGCCAAUUCCAGGCCUGGGAGCAGAGCCUUGCUCUUUAAACAGCCUCGGGGGUCACCCUGCAAAAACCCAAAUGAGGAUGUUUAGGCUCGGAUAAGUCCUCAAGGAGAAAAACCAGUUUAAAACAUGCGCGCAGGACAACCACAGUGUGAUGCUCAGGUCAGAAAAUGAGGCUCAAGGAAUGUUCAAACCAGGCACCUUUUUAUGUUUUUUGUACAAACACAUAUGUGAGAAACUGACAAGACAGAGAAAGUCACUGCUCAUUAAAAGGAAUGUAAGCAGGGCUUGGGCUGGGGCGGGACAGGCUUGUUGACACAGCUCUCAUUCCGGAUUCCCAGCUGUGAUAAGGUUGUGUCUCUACCCUUGGGAUGUUCCCUCCUGCUUUCAGGGACACAGAGGAGAGUCAGGCCCCAUCCUGCUCCUGCUGCCUCCCAGGUGACUGCAGUUGGAAAUAAUCACUAGGUCACUGUGGAAUAUUGCGGGGUGGCCUGUCCUGGGCCCCGACACGCCUAUGGCUGUUAUGGAUAGUGCUGUUAUGAAUAUGGGGGUGCGAUUAUGUCUUGAAGAGCCUGCUUUCAGUUCUUUAGGGUUCACACCCAGAGGUAGGAUUGUUGGGUGGGAGGAAAACUUCUGAACGCUCCUGAUCAGAGGAGAGCAGACUCAUGCCUGUGCUCCAAACCCAUCCAAGGGAGCAGACAACAUCAUGCCAGGGCACAGGGCCCCACCCCGCCUGCCCUCUGAAGGCACCUGUUACCGGACUGGGUACCUGGCCCAAGCGGGUCUGCCUAGGGCCAUGGGUAGUGUGUGGGUUCUUGAAUUCGUGCAAGAAAACUUUCACAACACAAGUCCAGGUGAAUUUUAGAGGACGUUUAUUAAAGCUGGGGACAAUGAAACAAGGAAAGGUUGGGGACAUGAGCCUGGGCUGGGCUGCUUUGGCUCCCUAAGAAGUCAGAGAAAAGGGGGCCUUGGAGAUUUUUCUGGGACGAACUGCCACUGCCCACUGGUUGUAAGCCUUCCGGGGUCCCUAAGAGUUUAGGAGCUGCAUGCCUGUGGAGAAAGAGGCGGGGAGGCCACGUGUGCUCCUAGCCAGGCGGGACCUUUGUUUUGAGGGGAUUGUAAAGGCUUUGCCUUUAGGAGAGGGCUUAGGGGAGGACCUGAAUAGAAUAUUCGAGAGCUUUAAGUCAAUGGGUCAAAAUGAGAUUGAUCCCCUUCACCCAGAUGAUCCCAGGGUGUGGUUGGCAAAUGGCACUAAUUGGAUUUCUGCUAUCUGUCUCCCAGAGCAGGAUGAUUUAAGCUAUUUACCCUCUGGCUGGGGAGGAGAAGUGCAAACUCCUAAGUGUCCCUGGUUUAGGGAAGAUAGGAUUUACUAGAUGGCUACAACUGCUGCUUAACACUCUGUCUCCCUUUGCCUAUUCCCUUUUACCUGGCUUACAGGCCUGUCUCUCUCACACACACUGCAAGGCUGGCCCAGCCCAGGGUAUUUGGGCACACAGACCAGGUCCCCACUCUGUUGUCACCACCACCCCACCCUUUUCCACCAAACAAGACUCCGAGCCCCAGCUCCGGGACACACCCAGUAGUCCAGUGCCUGUGUUGUGGACCAGCGUUCGCGAGAGUAAGACCACUGACUCCAAUUAGGUCUAAAACAGCAAGCGAGGAUUUAUUGAACUGGCCAGUGACUGCCUCGGACUUCUCCACGCAGGGAGCAUGCCCAAACAGCAGCCCCAGCCUUGGGGUCAAGCAAGCUUUUAUUUGCACAAACCAUAAAUAUCCUCCAUAACUGUUACAAUGCUCUACAAACCACAAACAUCCUUUUACAAUACUCUAUUCAGGGUUCUCACGCACAGGUGUGCUGACCAGGAACUUCUAGGGCCAUGCAUGGCCACCCAUCCUUAGCCAUAUCCUUGGUCUUGUCAAAUUCUCAGAACUCCGAACAGGUCACCUCAACCUUUGCUAAGUCUAAAAUUUCCCACUGCUACUUUAAGUUUGCUUUAAGCCUAGUGCACUAUACCUGUCCACCUGCCCAGGCCAAGCCUGGUGAAAAGCCACCUGGAUGGCAGGAUGACAUCAGGAAGCCAAACCAGGCCGCUUGCAGGCCCUGUCCUUGCACCCCACCUCCCUCAGCACUCAGAACCGAGCCUGGGCCCAACUGGCUCAAGGAAAUACUGAACAGAUGAGGUAGAUAAAGGAGUGACAGGUGCCCAGGACUUCAGGAGCAGAGGGUAGGGGGAGCCCAAUAAGGACCCUGUGAAUCGUCCUCACCCUGAGGGCACCUGCCUCUUAGGCCCACCCUACCCUGGGGGGAUACCAGGGCUUCUCCUUGCUAAGGGCUCCGCCUUUUUCAGGACCCCUGCCCCAAGGCUGUCACACCCAACCAACAGGAGGGGCUGUCUCAGGGUGGCUGCCUGGGGCCCUGGGAGGGACCCAAAGGUUUUUAUAGCCAGGGAUGAAGGCCUCACCAGAUUAAGCCCAAAGAUCUUACCUGCAGCUGGUGCCCUAGAGUCUCAGCCUCAUCCAAGUUCCAGCCUCACCAGGUCCGGGCCCCUCUGCAGUUCCAGCUCCAAUGCCGGCCCACCAUCCCACAGGCAUGCAGGGAGCCCACGUGCUGCUGCUGCUGCUGCUGCUGGGCCUCAGGAUACAGCUCUCCCUCGGAUUCAUCCCAGCUGAGGAGAAAGACCCAGCCUUCUGGAACCACCAGGCAGCCCAGGCUCUGGACACCGCCAAGAAGCUGCAGCCCAUCCAAACAGCUGCCAAGAACCUCAUUCUCUUCCUGGGGGAUGGGAUGGGGGUGUCCACGGUGACAGCAACUCGGAUCCUAAAGGGGCAGAUGAAUGGCAAGCUGGGACCUGAGACCCCCCUGGCCAUGGACAAAUUCCCAUUCGUGGCUCUGGCCAAGACAUACAACGUGGACAGACAAGUGCCAGACAGUGCAGGCACAGCCACAGCCUACCUGUGUGGUGUCAAGACCAACUUCCUGAUCAUUGGUGUGAGUGCAGCAGCCAGGUACAACCAGUGCAACACAACACAUGGCAACGAGGUCAUCUCCGUGAUGAACCGGGCCAAGAAAGCAGGGAAGUCAGUGGGGGUGGUGACCUCAACGAGGGUGCAGCAUGCCUCGCCAGCUGGCACCUACGCGCACACGGUGAACCGCAACUGGUACUCGGAUGCAGACAUGCCUGCCCAGGCGCUGAAGGACGGCUGUCGGGACAUUGCCACGCAGCUCAUCACCAACAUGGACAUUGAUGUGAUCCUGGGUGGAGGCCGCAAGUACAUGUUUCCCAAGGGGACCCCAGACCCUGAGUACCCUGGUGAUGCCUCAAAGAGCGGAGUCAGGUUGGACAUGCGGAACCUGGUCCAGGAGUGGCAGGCCAAGCACGAGGGUGCCCGGUAUGUGUGGAACCGAACAGCGCUCAUUCAGGCGUCCCAGGACCCCUCCGUAUCACACCUCAUGGGCCUCUUUGAGCCAGGGGACAUGAACUAUGAGGCCAACCGAGACACCCAGCAGGACCCAAGCCUGAAGGAGAUGACAGAGGCCGCCUUGCGUCUGCUGCGCAGGAACCCCCGGGGCUUCUACCUGUUCGUGGAGGGCGGCCGCAUUGACCAUGGUCAUCAUGAAAGCAGAGCUUACUACGCACUGACAGAUGCUGUCGCUUUUGAUGACGCCAUUGACAAGGCCAGCCAGCUCACAAGCGAGAAGGACACCCUGACCCUUGUCACUGCUGACCACUCUCAUGUCUUCACUUUUGGUGGCUACCCUCUGCGUGGCAGCUCCAUUUUCGGGCUGGCUCCUGAGAAGGCAAAAGAUGGCAAGGCCUACACCUCCAUCCUUUAUGGCAAUGGCCCCGGCUUCGCAGUCAGCGGGGGCUCCCGGUCAGAUGUCCGUGACAGCCAGAGCAGGGACCCCAACUACAGGCAGCAGGCGGCCGUGCCCCUGUCGUCGGAGACCCACGCUGGUGAGGACGUGGCGGUGUUCGCGCGUGGCCCGCAGGCGCACCUGAUGCACGGUGUGCAGGAGCAGAGCGUGGUGGCGCACGUCAUGGCCUUCGCCGCCUGCCUGGAGCCCUACGCCGCCUGCGGCCUGGCCCCGCCUGCCGAGCACGCGGAGCCCUCAGCAGGCCCCUCGGCUGGCCCUUCACUGGUUUUGCUGACUGGGGCGCUGCUGCUGCUGCUGCUGGGGACCAUUAAGCCCUGACUGCCCCACCCCUCACCCGAGGGCCCACCUCCCCCAGGGGCCCUGCACCAAUUCUGGGCCACUUACUGCCAAUAACUGGGGCCCCGCACUGCCCCCAAGCUUCCCAGGGCCUGACCUUUACCCCGCGGUGCACACUGCCGCCACUCGGCCACCUUGGGACUGGGCACCCUGGAGCUGAGGUGGUGGCUUCCUGCAGCUCCCCAGGUUCUCCCAGCUGCUCAGGACUCCCAGCCCCCAACCUUGACUGCCGAGGAAGUUUUGUAGCACCAUGGGGAGCUGAGGACUCUGGCACAUGGGGGGCUCAGGGGGGUGUCCUGGAGAGGGACAGCUUCCUGUCACCCUACAACCUGUCCUAAUGGAUACCUCCUGGCCCAUAGGCCGCUGUGGCCAGUACACCUGGUGCCUUUGACAUAAAGCCCUGGGCUUCAUCAUCUAGGGGCCCAGUGGUACCAUUUCACAGAGGAGAUGGGGACACAGAGAAGAGAGGAGGCUUGUCCCCGUCACUAGGCUGCUGAGGUGGUCACCUCCCAAUGCCCAUCCAGGCUGAGAGCUCCAAGGAACAUCGCGGAAGCUGCUGGUGCAGGGGGCAGCCCCAGAGCAGCCCUUGCCCCCACCCUGAGGCCAUGUGGGCACUAGGCAUAUAUUUAUAAACAGGGGAUUCCCUGCAUCCAGGGGCCUCUAUUCUGGGAGGGACACAUAUAAAACUAAAAUAAACUGCUUUACAAUGUAA